GCCGACGGGCCGCCAUCCUGCGCCGCGUCGCGGAGCUGGAGCGCCGACAAGAAGCGUCUCGUCAGGGGGCGGCUGGGCCGGAGGAUGACGAGAAACGCUGGCUUUACUCUCAGAUAGAGCUGCUUCAGAAAAGGAUCCAACGACUGGAAACUGGACAAGCCGGCUCGCCUGGCACCGCUUCUGACUCGGCAUGCCCGGAGCCGGUUAUACAGCCGCCGCCGAGUGACAUCGGCCCAGAGCUGAACCGACUCCGCGGCGAGAUGGACGCCAUGUCGUCCUCGUCCUCCGAGGAUGAGGAGGAGGAAGCGGAGGCGUGUGCCGGAGCUGAGGACACAGCCGGCGGCCCUCUGCAGCCGGAUGCGGCAGGGCUGCGGCGGCGGCGUGGCCCGCUGGGAGGUCUGGACGCCAUGGACUGGGCCGACAACCCUCUCUGGCACAGCGGUCCGCCAGCCAUCGGCGCCAGGGACAUCGGUCCGCUGUCGCUCCGACUGGACCACCAGGGGGCGAGCGGCAGCUGGCUGCCGGCGCCGCGACGGCCGCCGCCCGAGCCGGGCGAGACGGCCGACCCGUCGCUGUCUCUGCUGCACUUGCUGCACUCGUCAGACGGCGAGCUGAUGACGAGCACCCUGCUGAGCAUGUCGUCUAGUGCCGAGAGCUGCGCGGCGCUGCGCCAGUCGGGCGGCCUGCCGCUGGUGGUGCGGCUCAUCCACGCGCCGCAGACCAGUCCCCCGGCCGGCACCCGGCCCCGGCCCGACAGACAGGUUCGCUCGUCAGCGUCGCAUGCGCUGCACAACCUGGUGCACUCGCAGGGGGACGACAAGCGAGCGCGGCGCGAGGCGCGCGUGCUCCGUCUGCUCGAGCAGCUGCGCCAGUUCACCGAGGGCCUCUGGCAGCGGCUGGACGAGCAGGGCCACGGCAUGAUCAUGGACGACUCGAUGGACCACCACCCGGUGCCGACGGUGGUGGCGCUGAUGAAGCUGUCGUUCGACGAGGAGCACCGCUCCGUCAUGUGUCAGCUGGGCGGCCUGUACACCGUGGCGGAGCUGGUCCAGGCCGACCACGAGGCGCACGGCUCCGCCACCGCCCACCUGACCUGCAACAGCACCCGCAGGUUCGCCGGCAUGACCCUCACCAAUCUGACGUUCGGCGACGGCACCAACAAGGCACUGCUGUGCGGCCUGCGUGGCUUCAUGCGGGCGCUGGUGGCGCAGCUGCACUCGCCGAAUGAGGAUCUCACGCAGGUCACGGCCAGCGUGCUACGAAACCUGUCGUGGCGAGCUGACGCCGUCAGCAAGCAGACGCUGCGCGAGGUGGGCGCGGUAACAGCACUCACCCAGGCCUCCAUGGCCGCCGAACGCGAGUCCACGCUCAAGUCGGUGCUCUCCGCCCUCUGGAACCUCUCGGCUCACUGCGGAAUGAACAAGGCGGACAUCUGUGCUGUGGAUGGAGCGCUGGCCUUCAUGGUCAAGACACUGACGUAUGAGUCGCCGUCCAAGACGACUGCGAUCGUUGAGAACGGCGGAGGCAUUCUCAGGAACAUGUCCAGUCACAUCGCCAGCAGGGAGGACUACAGGCAGAUCUUGCGCGAACACAACUGCCUGCAGACGCUGCUGCAGCAGUUGCAGUCCUCUAGCCUCACCAUCGUGAGCAACGCUUGCGGCACGCUCUGGAACCUGUCCGCGCGCUGCGCCGAGGACCAGCGCACGCUGUGGGAGCUGGGCGCCGUCUCCAAGCUGCGCUCGCUCAUCCACAGUCGGCACCAGAUGAUCGCUAUGGGCAGCAGCGCCGCGCUCAAAAACCUGCUGGCGGCGCGGCCGCAGCCGGAGCCGGCCGAGGACGAUGCAGAGCUCUCGGACAGCGACACGGUGCGUGUCAUCACCACGGACAGUUCGGAGAGUCGGAUCGGGCGGCCGGCCGUCUCCCGGCUGCCUCAGCGCGUGACAUCCGGCCCCUCGCCGUCCGGCCGGCCGGUGCACACCUGGAGCGUCAGGCACUUCCACAGCAGCUCGGUCGGCUCGCUGGACACGCGCUCCGAGGGCGAGGCGAGCAGCGGAUCGGAUGACGAGGGUGCGCGACUGCUGGAGCGCUGCAUCCGUUGGCGCGCCUCGCCGCCGGCAGCCGAGGCCGACAGCAUGACGGCUUCGCAACGGGUGGCGCGCGACGCGUCGGUGGUGACGGCGGCGCUGGAGAUGUCGCGCGCCGUCAUGGCGCACAGUACCGAGCUGACCAGCAGCAUCGAGUACCUGGAGGGCGUCGGACCGCCGUCCAUGAUGGACAGCGGCGCCUCGGUCAACGGCUUCCUGUCGAGCGGCUCACUGAGCAACGGCCGCUCGCCGCUGCUGCCGCGCCGGCCGUCGACUAACAGCCGGUUCGUGCCGGAGAUGAUGCGACGCGCGCUGGGCGCCGGCGCGCCGCCGCCCGGCAUGCAGGAGUCGGCCGAAGGCCUCAGCAGCCUCAGCAGCUGCCAAUCCAACAUCGACCACGUGAAGCCGCCCUCCUACAUGGAGGAGCUCGACAUGGAAAACAGCAUGCUGAGUCUGGAGAGUCUGCGUUCGGAGGUGGCCGAGUCGCGCGGCGCGGCGGCCGACAACCUGGCGCUGCUCGAACCGCCCACGCUGUUUCACGAGAUGACAGAGCGGUGCGACUCAACCGUCGGGCCCGGCUCAGAAACGCUCGGCAGCGACACGGAGAUGUGCGGCCAGGAGGAGCUGCCGCUCGACCCGCCCGAGCUGCCGCUGGACGGUGUCACGCCCGAGGCGUCGCCGCUGCUACCGCGCCGCGGCGCCCGCCAGCGCCGCCGCCGCUCCGACGAGCGGUUCCGCACGUUCACGCGCGCCGCCGUCUCGGACGACACGAGCAGCACGGCCGGCUCCGAGCUGACACUGACGCCUGGCGCCGACUCGGCCGCCACUGAGACGGACGAGACGCUGUGCGCCUCGCCAGCGUCGGCGCGCGCGCGCCGCACCUGCCGCCAGCGGCGCCAGGAGGAGCGCGAACGCUACCGCACGCAGACGGUGGAGAGCGCCUCAGACGAGCUGCGACGGCCGACGGCCGACCCGCCGGCACCGGCUCCGGCCCGGCUAGACAUCCGCCAGCUGGCGCAGGAGGCGCUGCGGCGCACGACGCGGCAGGAGCCGCCGACCGGCCUGCGCCAGCUGGCGCAGGAGGCGCAGAAGGCGAUCGCCUGUCUGCAUGCAGCCGGAAGAGGCGCCCCGCUGCCGGCGCCGCUGCCUCGGACCGCACCGCCGCCGCCGCCACCGCCCGAGCCGGAGCCCGAGCCCGAGCCCGAGCCCGAGCCGGCGCCGGCUCCGGCGCCGGCAGACUGCUCGCCGGCCCGCCUGCGGCCGCGCAUCGUCAAGCCCGGCGAGGAGACGCGCCGCGAACCGGUGGACGACGAACCGGAGGUCAAGGGGGUGCGCGGGAAGCGGAAACCGCUCUACUCGGCUCCGCGCCGGUCGGACGCUGCCCGGCGCGAGCCGCCCACGCCCAAGAAGGUGACGUCUGCCGCCAAGACGGCCAAGCCGGCAGCGACGGCGGCCCGCUCCGGCUCAGGCAGCUCGUCGUCGAGCUGCACGGUGCGCGGCACCAAGACGACGCAGCUGCGCAAGGUGAUCAGCGGCGCGGCGGUGGCGGGCACGACACUGUCGCGAAUCUCGCGCUCGACCACGCCCAGCCCGGCCGGCAGCGCCACCUCCAGCCCGCAGCUGGCGCUUCGCCGGUUCGGCUCGGCCGGUAAGGCAGGUGUGGUGAGCCGGGAACUGCCGCGACCGGCCUCCACCCCGGCGGCAGCGGCGGCGGCGGCGGCGGCGACGGGCCGCGCCGCUGUGCGACGGCCUGUCUCUGUGCCGGCAGCGGUGCCGACGUCUCGGCUCCAGCGGCCCUCCUGGGUGGGCUCCGUGCGGCCGUCCCGCCCGGCGACCGUGACGCGCACGGCGCCGGCGCCGGCGCCGGCCCUUCCCUCGCCCGAGCCGCCACCGCCGGCGCCGGCGCCGCUCGUCAAACAGGGCACGUUUACGCUGGACGAGCCGACCCAGGAGCAGACGGCGGCCGAGGCGGAGGCGGACAAAGCGCACUGCCCGCCGCCCGCGCCGACGCGGGCCGGCCAGAUCGCUCGCGCCCUAUCGGCCCAGCUGAGCCGGCCGCCCAGCGGCAGCCGGCCGCCGCCCAAGUCACAGAGCGGCCAGGCGCUGGCCGCUCAGCGUUCACGCAUCCCCAAGUCACCCAGCUACGAGAGCACGCUAACGCUGCGUGUGCGCUGUUCGAGCCAGUCGCCAGCAUUCAGUCCGCGCGCGGCGGCGCGCGGCGAGCGCAGCGCCAGCAACUCCAGUGUCAGCUCGAACGCCUCCACCGGCGGCGGCGGCCGCCAGGAGGAGAGCACCGGCAAGAUCGCUGCCCUCUGGCGCCGCAUCGAGGAAAGUCGCGCCAAGCAGCAGCCGAAGGGCGCCGACAGCCGGGUCUGGCUCAAGGCCGCCGGCGAGCCGGGCGACGCCAACGCCAACCGACCGGAGUCGCCAACCGAGCCGCCGCGCGCGCACACCACCGCCAUUAUCCCGCCGUUCAAUUACAACCCGCCGGCGGGCGCGGCGCGGCCCGCCGCCAGCGCCUCUGGUGACGGUGCUGAGAAGCGCAAGCGCAAGUCCGGCGCGCUCGCAACCACCUGA